CACCUGUUAUUUUUUAAUAUGAAAUCAGAGUGUAGUGAUAAUUAUGCUACUGCAUUUCAAUUGAUUUCCAUACCAGCCGUUUGAUGAAAAUGCUCUUUCCAAAAAUAGUGGCGAUUUUCUUAUCUUUAUUCUGUAGAAGUUUUGGAUUUCCAUCCCCGCAUCUUGGAAACCUACCUUUGGAAAAUCCAGAUUUGUUGGGUGGUGAUAUCCUUGGAAUUCCAGACUUCGAUAGAAGCGCUACUGUACAUCCUGAAUAUUUGUGGCCAAAUGGCGUUGUGCCAUAUGUUGAAGAUCCAAGUCUGAGAGAAACAGUGUUUUUUCUGAGAUUGGAAGGUGCAAUUGAACAAUAUGAGAAAAAUACCUGCAUUCGUUUUAUUAAACGAACAACUGAGAAAGAUUAUCUAAGACUAUUCCCUGGAGAAGGAUGUUAUUCUCACGUUGGAAGAACAGGUGGUGCUCAGCCUCUUUCUCUCGGUCAUGGAUGUGGCUUUACGGCAACCAUUGUUCAUGAACUAGGACAUGCUAUAGGAUUUUUCCACGAACAGAACAGAUCUGAUAGAGAUGACUAUCUAGUCAUAUACUGGAAAAAUAUUAAAGAAGGACUCGAAGAUCAAUUUUUCAAACUAAAACCUGAAGAGAAUCAGUUGCUGACCGAGUUUGAUUACGAUUCCAUCAUGUUGUAUGGUUCGUACACUUUCUCCAAAGACCGUAAGAAUCUGAAGACAAUGGAAGGAAAAGGAGGAAGAUUAUUACCAGAAGUUGUCGUCAAGUAUAAUCUAAGCAAGACUGACAUCAAAAGAAUAAACAUGUUGUACAAGUGCAAAUAAACUCUCCAAAUGUAAUCGAAUAAAAAAUGACUACAAAAGAA